CACUCCCCCCGCUCACGCGCGGCAUCACGCCGGCUGGCUGGCGACUCCCCCCGUUCGCACCCCCGCCGCGCCGUUCCUUUCCUUCCACGGCGAUGACCCAUCCGCGGGCGAGAGCCAAAACUGGCAACGGCAUUCCUAUAAGAAUGCGCCCCUGCUCUGGCCGACGGCCCCCCUCCCCCCGAUUCCCCGCUCCGCCAUACCCUAGCCGUCUCCGGUGCGUAGAUCCGUCAGAGACGACGCUCGCCGGCCCCGAGGAGGGAUGGCCUCCCUGAACUACCGCCCGCCCGCCGCGGCCCCUACGGCUGGUGGUCCCGCAGCCCAGCAGCAGGCCGCGGUGGCCGCGCCGCAGUCGCCGCGAGGCGCUCCCGUGUUCGCGGUGGUGCCUCAGGGGGGCGCGCACGCGGCGGCGCCCGGGUCCCCGCAGGGCCCUCCCGGGUUUUGGGUGGCGCCUCAGCAGAGCGCGCCGGCGCCAUUGCAAGGUGCUCCCGUGAUGGCGCCGUUGCAGGGCGGGACCAUGAUGGCUCCACAACAGCAACAUUGCGCGCCGGUGCUGGUGCCCGACUCCCAGCAAGGUAUGCAGAUGGCCGUUCAGGCGGCGUCCAUGGCCAUGAUGAUGGCCUCGAUGUCCCAGCAAGCCCAAGCACAGGCCAUGGCUGCACACCAGCCAGCGCAAGGCGUGGCGCCAUCACAGCCUCUGCCCACGUAUCCUCUGUCCAUGAUGCAGAUGCAGCAAGCUCAAGCAGGGCACAUGGUGGAAACUCCACCUCUGCCGCUCGGCCCUCCGCCAUUGGUGCAGCAGCAGCGCCCUUCACAGGCCGAUCCAACGAUGACGGCUCAACCCCCUCCGCCGCUCGGACCCCCACCCGUGAUGCUGCAACAACAGCCUACACAAGGGGGGCCGGUGAUGACACAACCACCUUUGCCAUUCAGCUCUCCAUCAGUGAUACUGCAGCAGAAUCCACAGAGCAAUCAGAUGAUGAUGGGUCAGCCACAAUUGUCUGCUGUACCAUGCAAGCGCCAACGUGUUGACCAAUACGACAAUCUUUAUGGACAGCAUAUGACGGGCCAUCAGCAGGAAACAACAAUAUUCAAUGCACCGAUGGGACAAUCUUUUGGGCCUGACUUACACAAUGAGUUUCCUUCUUUUGGUGCGUCUAUGCCCUCCUCUCUUCCUAAAGAUGCAACAAGCACCGUUUAUGUUGACGGUCUCCCUACCAACUGUACUAGACGGGAAGUUGCACAUAUCUUUCGCCAAUAUAUGGGGUUCCGCGAAGUGAGACUGGUCAACAAAGGGUCUAGUAGACAUGCAAUAUGCUUUGUUGAUUUUGCCAAUCCUACACAUGCUUUUCUCGCUAUGAGAACUCUUCAAGAUGGAAACUGUGUUGAGGUUAUAAGUUUGACGAACAGGAUCCUCAUUCACGCAUUUUGAACCUGCAGUUCUCUCACUCUCCUCGCUUGAGCUCACAUGGUGGGUGGUAGUCACUAAAUUGUGUGGGUCUGGUUUUGUUCUACACCAGCCUGAUAUUUUGACCUGGCAAGCAGCAGCUGAUCUUGCUUCUGUCAGUCAUGAGCGUGAAAGAGCAACUCGACUGUGAUUCAGGCUUUUGCCUUAUAACACUAUGACGAACCUACCUAUGUUACAACUGCCACCAGUACUUAACUGCUGAAGGUUGCCUUACUAUAUGAUAUACUAUAGUUGGUGUGGCGCAUUAGCAAGUACGUUACAGUGAAUUUCAAACUCUCUGUGCCCCUGCUAGUAUUGAUGCUUUGUGUUUUUGCUGGUUCUGAUGUUCUUCAGUUGUCCACUGUUUACUCGGUUUCGCCAAGCUAGUAGAUUGAGGUUUCCCCAUUUUUUGUCAGGAAAAUGUGACUAAAUUAUCUGGCAGGAUGCUACAAAUAUUUUGCAGGUGUCUUGGUGGUUCCAGCCUGUUUCCGUAACACACUACAGUAAUUCGCAUGGUUGCCAGGCCCAUUUUGUUGUAAAUGAAUUCCUGAUAGUUGGAUGCAGGCGACACUUUUACAUGGACUGCGCUUUGUCAUGCUUUGUACUUCAGAACAUUUUAAUCCAACUAGUGAUGAAUUGGAUGGUGGCAGAUGGCACCACUCUGUUACAU